AUGGAUAGUGAAUGGGCAGAUAAGAGCAUUGUGACUCUCACAGCUGCUCGUGGAACGAUUGGAUAUGUUGCUCCAGAGCUGAUCAGCAGAAGCAUUGGAGCAAUCUCAUACAAAGCUGAUGUUUACAGCUUCGGAAUGCUGCUAAUGGAAAUGUUGGACUUGAAGAGAAAUGAAGUUGCAAAUGAAGAGAAUUCCAGCCAAUACUUUCCUUAUAAUAUUUACGAUAAGUUCAACAAGGGGAAAGAGAUUGUGGUGGAUGAAGAAGCGAAUGAUGAUGAAAAGAAGAUGGCUAGAAAGCUGAGUUUAGUUGCAUUAUGGUGUAUACAAACAAAUCCGAUACAACGCCCUUCAAUGAGUAAAGUAGUAGAAAUGCUUGAAGGCGAAGUUGAAGUGCUAGAAGUACCUCCUCAGCCUCUUCAAUCUGAACCGAUUGUUCAUCAGAUCAUGGGAAGUUCUACGACAUUUUCGUCUGAUUCCAUAGCUUUGUUAGAUAAUUCCGUUGAGGUAGACAUUUAUGCUGAUUGA